AUGUUUCGACAAACGAAGGCGGCGCUCCAGAAACUUCGCUAUCUGAAAUUGAAUGGACAGCAGCAUACAUGGAAGCUGAAGAGCACAUCAGCAAGAGAGAGGGCUGCUCAGUACCAACCGGGACAGAAAAUCCAUGGUUUUACAGUCAGAGAGGUUGCAGUAGUCCCUGACUUGUUUCUCACCGCCGUGAAGUUGACCCACGAUAAAACUGGAGCUCAGUACCUCCACACAGCCAGAGAUGACUCCAAUAACCUCUUCAGCGUCCAGUUCAGAACGACCCCCAUGGACAGCACCGGCGUCCCGCACAUCCUGGAGCACACGGUGCUGUGUGGAUCUGAGAAGUAUCCCUGCAGAGAUCCUUUCUUCAAGAUGCUCACCAGGUCCCUGUCCACCUUCAUGAACGCUUUCACAGCCAGCGACUACACCAUGUAUCCGUUCUCCACUCAGAACGGGAAGGACUUCCAGAAUCUUCUGUCAGUUUAUCUGGAUGCAGUUUUCUUCCCCUGUUUACGAGAGCAGGAUUUCAGGCAGGAGGGCUGGAGGCUGGAGAACGAAAACCCCACAGAUCCCAACACUCCUCUGGUGUUUAAAGGCGUCGUGUUCAAUGAAAUGAAGGGAGCUUUUUCAGACAACGAGCGCGUGUACGCCCAGCACCUCCAGAACAAGCUGUAUCCAGACCACACCUACUCUGUGGUGUCAGGAGGGGAACCUUUAGCCAUCCCCGACCUCACCUGGGAGCAGCUCAGGCAGUUCCACGCCACGCACUACCACCCCAGCAACGCCAGGUUCUUCACAUACGGAGAUUUGCCUUUGGAGCAGCACCUGCAGCAGAUCGAAGAGGAGGCUCUGUCCAAGUUUGAUCGCAUCAACCCGAACACUGAGGUGCCCUCCCAGCCACACUGGAGCAGCCCUAGAGAGGACCACGUGACCUGCAGCCCCGACGCUCUGGCUCCAGAUCCAGCCAGGCAGAACACGCUGUGUGUGAGCUACCUGCUGGGAGACAUCACUGACACGUUUGAAGGAUUCACUCUCAGCCUGCUGUCCUCGCUGAUGAUCUCUGGACCAAACUCUCCCUUCUACAAAGCUCUCAUUGAACCCAAGAUAGGAACCGACUUCUCUUCUGUCGUAGGAUACGAUGGCAGCACCAAAGAGGCAUCGUUCAGCAUCGGACUGCAGGGGAUGUCUGCGGAGGACACAGAGAGGGUGAAACAAAUCAUCAGCCAAACCAUCGAUGACAUCAUAGAAAACGGCUUCGAGGAGGAAAGAAUCGAGGCUCUCCUCCACAAGAUCGAGAUCCAGAUGAAGCACCAGUCCACCAACUUCGGUCUGUCUCUGGCCUCGUACAUAGCAUCAUCGUGGAAUCACGACGGCGACCCUGUGGAGCUGCUGCAAAUCAACGAGAGUGUUUCUGAGUUCAGACAGGCCCUGAAGGAAAACCCUCGCUUCCUCCAGGACAAAGUCAAACACUACUUCAAGGAGAACACACACAGACUGACCCUGUCGAUGAGUCCGGAUGAAGCCUACCUGGAGAAACAGGCCCAGGCUGAAGAGGAGAAGCUUCAGAAAAAGAUCCAGGCUCUGUCUGACAGUGACAGAAAAGAAAUCUAUGACAAAGGUCUGGAGCUGCUGGAUGCUCAGAGUAAAAUCCAGGACGCCUCCUGUUUGCCUGCACUCAAAGUGUCCGACAUCGAGCCCACGAUACCCGUCACCCCCGUUCAGAUCAACACAGCAGGAGGUGUUCCGGUUCAGUUCUGCGAGCAGCCCACCAACGGCUUGGUUUACUUCAGAGCCAUGUGCAGCCUCAACACGCUGCCGGAGGAGCUCAGGCUUUAUGUCCCGCUCUUCUGCAGCGUCAUCACCAAGAUGGGCUGUGGAGCUCUGGACUACCGGCAGCAGUCCCAGCAGAUGGAGCUGAGGACGGGGGGCAUGUCCGUCUCCACCCAGGUCAUCCAGGACUCCACCCAGCUGGACGUGUACGAGCAGGGUGUCCUCCUGAACUCCUCGUGUCUGGACCGGAACCUCCCUCACAUGUUUCAGCUGUGGAGCGACAUAUUCAACAGCCCCCACUUGGAUGACGAGGAGCGCCUCAGAGUGCUGGUGAUGAUGUCAGCACAGGAGCUGGCCAAUGGGAUCUCCUACUCUGGUCACAUGUACGCCAUGACCCGUUCAGGCCGCCACCUGACUCCAGCAGGAGACCUCCAGGAGACGUUCAGUGGGAUGGACCAGGUGAAGUUCAUGAAGAGGAUAGCAGAGAUGUCAGACCUCAGCCAAGCCAUCCGAGCACUACCCCGCAUCAAAAAACACCUUCUCAACCCCGACAACAUGAGGUGUUCAGUGAACGCGACUCAACAGAAAAUGUCCGACGCAGCCGCACAGCUGGAGAGUUUUAUGAAGGAUGUGUCUGAAAACAGAAAAGAACGUAAACCUGUCAGAAGUAAUAUCAUUGAGAGGCCUCUUGACCCUCGGGACGACUCUGGUCCGUGUAGGAAACUCGUCUCUGAGCUGAACUUCAGUCCGUGUCAUAUGAAAACUUUAUUCCCGAUGCCGUUCCCCGUCAACUUUGUCAGUGAGAGUAUUCGUACGGUGCCGUUCUCCCACGAGGACUACGCCAGUUUGUGCGUCCUGGCGAGGAUGAUGACAGCCAAGUUUCUUCACGGAGAGAUCCGGGAGAAGGGAGGAGCCUACGGGGGCGGGGCCAGGAUGGGAGGAGGAGUUUUCACCUUCUACUCCUACAGGGACCCGAACUCGGUGCAGACCUUGUCUGUGUUCCGUAGAGGCGUCGACUGGGCCAAGUCGGGACAGUUCACUCAGCAGGACAUCGAUGAAGCCAAACUGUCGGUGUUCUCAGCCGUCGACUCACCUGUGGCGCCCUCCAACAAAGGAAUGGGUCUGUUCCUCAGUGGAGUCACAGACGAGAUGAAGCAGAGUCACAGAGAAAGACUCUUCGCCGUCACUCACAAAAAUCUGGUGGACGUGGCUGGAAGAUACCUCGGUGUCGGUCAGAGGACGUGUGGCGUCACCAUCCUGGGUCCAGAGAACGAGACCAUUAAAAAAGACCCGUCAUGGAUCAUAAAAUAGUUAUUUUACCAUGUAGACACUUAACUGGACUACAGUUGUACUACAGUGGCGAGAGGUUCUGAAUAUUCUAAACAAAUUCUCUUGUGAGGAUUUAAAAACGGUGGCAAAAAAAGCUAGAACGCACAAAACAAAGAGGACGGUUGCCUGAUCAGUGUUUUAGCUGUAAAUCUGAUUCUUCAGAUUGCUUUUCUGUCUAUUCCCUUAUGUACAUAUUUAUGAAAUUGUGAAUAUUACAGCAUCAUGUUGAAAUACUAAA